GUAACAGGAAAGAGCCGCUCUGAGCCCAGACUGGGGGGGACACCGGCGCCUGCGGAGCGCAGGCACCGCGCGAUCCGGCGGAGAUGGACACGCUCUAUGGCAGGAAUAAGGAAGAGCACCCAGAGCCCAUAAAAGCUGAGGUGCAGGGGCAGCUGCCCACUUGGUUGCAAGGGAUGCUGCUCCGCAAUGGCCCAGGGAUGCACACCAUAGGGGAGAGCAAGUACAACCACUGGUUUGAUGGCCUGGCUCUGCUGCACAGCUUUACAUUUAAAAAUGGUGAAGUUUACUACAGAAGUAAAUAUCUCCGAAGUGACACGUACAACUGUAACAUAGAAGCAAACAGAAUCAUGGUGUCUGAGUUUGGGACUAUGGCUUAUCCAGAUCCAUGCAAAAACAUAUUUGCCAAGGCAUUCUCCUAUUUGUCUCACACCAUUCCUGAGUUCACAGACAACUGUCUCAUCAACAUUAUGAAAGCUGGGGAUGAUUUUUAUGCUACUGGUGAGACUAACUUCAUCAGGAAAAUUAAUCCACAGACUCUGGAGACGUUGGAGAAGGUUGACUACAACAAAUAUGUAGCUGUAAAUUUGGCAACUUCUCACCCACACUAUGACAGUGCUGGAAAUGUUCUCAACAUGGGCACUUCAAUAGUUGAUAAAGGGAGGACAAAAUACCUUCUAUUUAAGAUUCCUUCCUCUGUACCAGAACAAGAAAAGAAGAAAUCUUGUUUCAAGCACCUGGAAGUGGUUUGCUCCGUCCCUUCUCGCUCUCUGCUCCACCCCAGCUACUACCACAGCUUUGGAAUCACUGAGAACUACAUUAUCUUCAUAGAGCAGCCCUUCAGACUGGAUAUUCUCAAAAUGGCAACUGCUUACAUCCGAGGCGUGAGCUGGGCUUCCUGCCUUGCCUUUAAUAAGGAUGAUAAGACUUGGUUUCACUUUAUAGACAGGAGGACUAAAAAAGAAGUGUCCACCAAGUUUUACACUGAUGCUAUGGUGUUUUUCCACCACAUCAAUGCUUAUGAAGAGGAUGGCCACAUUAUUUUUGAUAUUAUUGCCUAUACAGACAAUAGCUUGUAUGACAUGUUUUAUUUAAAAAACCUGAGUAAAGACUUUGAAGAGAAUGCCAAACUUACCUCCAUACCAACCUGCAAAAGAUUUGUGGUUCCUCUGCAGCAUGACAAGGAUGCUGUAGUGGAUUCUAAUUUGGUCACACUUCCCUCUACUGCAACUGCUGUAAAGGAGAAAGAUGGAAGCAUCUAUUGCCAACCAGAAAUACUGUGUGAAGGGAUAGAACUGCCUCGCAUCAACUAUGACUACAAUGGCAAAAAAUACAAGUAUGUCUUUGCAACACAAGUCCAGUGGAGUCCAGUCCCUACAAAGAUUGCAAAAUUUAAUACCCAGACAAAGGAAAUGCUCCAGUGGGGACAGGAUGACUGCUGGCCAUCUGAGCCCGUUUUUGUUCCCAGCCCUGAUGCAAAAGAAGAGGAUGAUGGUGUUGUUCUGACUUGUGUUGUGAAGACUGAUCCAAAGGAUCCACCCUUCCUACUUGUCUUGGAUGCUAAAACAUUCACAGAGCUGGGUCGAGCCAUAGUAAAUGUGGAAAUGCAUAUGGACCUGCAUGGAAUAUUUAUACCACAGCAAGACAUGAAAACUGAGACUGAGUAAAAUCUAUUUGUUGUAUUGCACAGACUGACAUAACCUUCCACUGAAUGUGGGAUAAUAUCCUUCAGGAACAGCCUUCUCUUAUGAUAAGAAAUGACUAAUUAUAACAUCCUCAAUAUCUACAUAUAAUCUCUUAAAAGAGACAGAAAUUACUUUAUUACAAAUUAUUGUGUGCACAAAUGGUACAUCACUAUUCCAAAAGGAGAAUUUCAGUAUGAAGUGCUAAUGUUGAAUACAGCUUGUGGGACAAGGAAUAGGAGAGAAAGGUAACAAGAAAUGUUUUAUUUGAGUAGAGCAAAGCUUUCUGAGCAAAUGAAGGAUGUAUUCAUAGGGUGACACAUGGCAUGAGUCACACGUGUCUGCAGGUCAUGGAACUUCCAUGGGCUGCUGCAAGACUCAGCUGACAAUGAAAGUUGUCUCUUGCCAGAAAACCUCAUGUUAAACUAUCUACCAUGAUACCAAUAAUUCAUGGCAAUAUAUUCUCUUGGUGCUUGAUUUCUUAAACUCUACCAUAACCAAAGUAUUAUGCUGAGGUGCUACAUUUUUCUUACCCAGAACUUAACCCCUCCCCCAGUUUUUCUAAUAAUUUCAUGGUGUAUUUUUAGCUUUUAUGUAGACAAAACCAAGUAACUUUAUUGAAAUAGAGUACAUGGUUAUGUGUAGCAUUCAAUUAUACUUCAGUGACAUUCAAUCUUAAGCAGUUUGUAUUGAAAUUAGUUUUCCUUGGGCAGAAUAUCUACCAUGGCAUUUUGUGUAAUUAGAUGAUUACAUUGUGUAAAAUAUAAGAAUUGUAGUAUUUGCUAUUGCCACUAUUCUCUGUUGAUAGCAAUGUGUAUGUGAAUGAGGGCAGUGUAUUCCUAGCAAAACUCACACACACAUGUGCAACAAACAGUUUAGGGAAAGAGUGAAAGAUCUAAUUUAGGCCUCAUCUGAAGCCCACAGCAGCUGAAACUAGAAGCUGUUAUUGCCAUAACUAAGCAUUUGCUUUAUGUCUGCUUAGGAGCACCCAAGUUCUCACAUGUGUUUAUCCUUGCCUGUACCAGAUGCUUCCUAAUAAAGGUGCACAACUCUGACUCACAGUCACAAUUAAAAUGCACAUUUCAACAUUAUGUUCAAGUGCCAAGCACAGUGUGACUGGUUGUGUUACAGAAAUGGCAUUUCUCACCACCCCCCCUCACCACCACUGUAUUCCUAAUUUGAGUUAUUGGCUUUUCUCUAAGUGAGAGCAUUUUUGCUUUGAAUUUUAUUUUCUCAUUGUAGAUAUCUUUGUUGUUGGAGGCAUCUUAACUGAUGGAGAAAACCAGGUGCACAUCCAUCCAUUUCAGGUGUUCAUCUGGUCUGUCUGUAUCACCACACAGCUCAGGUACCUCUCACUUUGACACACACAUCCCCUCAGUGCCUGUGCUGCUCACAGUGUUUCAUAGGAAGGAAACAGAAUGAAAUUGUUGUCAUUUAUUACCUCCCCAGCACAGGAGAAUCUGUGCUUGGUGGCCUGUUUGUGAUUACUUAACGUGUUUGUGGCAGAGCAGGAACUGAAGCAACAUCAUCCACAGCUCCUGUCUGCUCUGUAACAACCAGACCUCUGUUCCUCUGCAGGUCUUUGCACUUUGUUAGGAUACAGAUAUACAGGCUAUUUUUAAUGUAAAAAAAAAAAAAAACCAAACCCAACACUGUGGUCAGAUCUAGUUAAAAUAUGCAGGUUUGGGCAUUCAAAUGUUUACAUGUUCCAUAAAAUGGAAAUAAACACUUCAGUAAGGUGUGUGCAGAAAUAGUCACUUUUAGUGUUUUCAAAUCAUAUUACCAUUACUAUUUAAUAGAACUUUAUCUUCUAAAGAAGAAAUUUAAUUCCCUUUUUGUAAAUAAUAUGGACCCAGUACUGGAAGAGAAGACUGACUUGCAAUAUUGUCCAAAAACUUCAGCUCUGGGGUUGUUUCUUUUCAUAUGAAAAAUUUUGGAUUUAGCAAAGGUCCACAAAUACAUUUCUAGAAUUAAAAGGUGGCAGUGAAUCAAAAGUCUAACCAUUAUUACAGAUUUUCUUCGAAGAGUUUGUCUCUAGAAUUUCUUCUGUAGUACUCACAGGGUUGUUUUUGGAUAAUCAUAGGUUUGGAUACAGGAGUUGCUUGGCUUCUGAGGAGAUAAUUUUUACUGGUAGAAAUGACAGGAUAGGGGAUACACUCAUCAUAAAAACAACCUGUAGUCAAAGAAAGCAAAUGUGUUAUUUACAUUCAUGUAGAAGUAAAUAAAUGAUAAGAA